CGCUCGGUGGUGCCCAUGCUGCAGGCGGGCUCGGGGGGCGCGGGGCGCGGGGCGCGGGGGUCGCAGGGGCCGCAGGGGCUGCAGGUGCGGCCCGGGCUGUUCCUGGGCGCGGCCGUGGCGGAGCCGGGCGGCCUGCAAGAGGCGGGCAUCGCGGCCGUGCUGUCGGUGGACGCGCAGCCGCCGGCCUGGACCCCCGGCGCCGCGGGCCUGGGGCUGCGGACACUGUUCGUGGCGGCGCUGGACAGCCCCGAGGCCGACCUGCUCAGCCAGCUGGACCGCUGCGUGGCCUUCCUGCUCGGGGCCCGCGCCGACGGCCGCGCCGCGCUGGUGCACUGCCACGCGGGGGUCAGUCGGAGUGUGGCCGUCGUGACCGCGUUUCUCAUGAAGACCGAGAAGCUGCCCUUUGAGGUGGCCUACGCUGAACUCCAGGCUCUGAAACCAGAGGCCAAGAUGAACGAGGGCUUCGAGGCGCAGCUGAAGCUGUACCAGGCCAUGGGCUGUGAGGUGGACACGGCCAGCAUCCUUUACAAGCAGUACCGCCUGCAGAAACUGACCGAGAAGUACCCAGAGCUGCGGCACCUGCCCCCAGAGCUCUUUGCCGCUGACCCCAGUGCUUCACGUCAGGACCGGCCGGACCAGGCGCUCUACAGGUGCCGGAAAUGCAGGCGCGCGCUGUUCCAGAGGUCCAGCGUCCUGGGCCACAGUGAGGGCAGCGGUGCCCUGGCCUUCGCCCACAAGAGGGGGGCCGUGCUUGGCGCGCUGACCCCCGGGGGUCCCGCCCAGUGCACUUCCCAUUUCAUCGAACCUGUGCAGUGGAUGCAGCCGGCCCUCCUGGGGGUGCUGGACGGCCAGCUGCUUUGUCCCAAGUGCAAGGCCAAGUUGGGCUCCUUCAACUGGUGCGGGGAACAGUGCUCCUGCGGCCGCUGGGUCACGCCCGCCUUCCAGAUCCACAAGAACCGAGUGGAUGAGAUGAGACAGCUGCCGGCCCCGGGGCCGCCGACGGGGGAGCCCAGCUAGUGACGGGCGCCGGGCUGCGGGGAAGGAAGGACUCUGGGGAUCCCGGCUCCCCCACCACCCGUGGCCCGGCCUGGGAGCUGGACUUGGAACUGCUGCCACGCGGGCAGGCGCUUUUCGUGGACACCAAAUCCGUGGCCACAUGGACGGGGCGACUGGAUGGUGAAAGCCC